AUGCAGUCUAUACUGCACCUUGCUGUCAUUUUAUCUUUUAUCUAUAUGGUUAAUGGCGUCGUGCUCAAAUCAACUAUGAACAAUAACUAUCCUCAAAUAGCUGUUCUAGGAUGUAAUAGUUCGAAAGCGAAUUUGUAUUAUGACACUGACAAACACGUCUGGGUUGAGCAUUUAAUCAGUUCAUGUGUCAACGACGAACAGAGUAUUCUUGAAUUUUGUAAACAAGCGUAUCCAUCAUUUCGUAUUGGCAAUAUUGUUCGCUCAGAUACAGUAUUACGUUUUGAAAAUUGGUGUGAAUUAAUAUCCCCGAUCGACAAAAAUGGUGACAACAUUCAUCGAUGUAAACAAGGCAGUGGUACUGAAGAAUUUGUCCAACCCUACCGUUGCUUAUAUCUGACUUCGAAACGCGAAGAGAUUACAUUACCAACAGUUGAUUGUACCAUGAAUAGUAUUAUCGGUACAGAUCAAUGUUUACGUGCUGAACAAUGGCGUCAACUGGCAUCGGUUGAAUGUGAAAAUAAAAACAUGAAUCUAAACACAUCAGUUAUGACACUUGAUUGGUGUGGCUUGUCGGCCUUUCGCGGUAUUGAAUUUGUUUGCUGUCCGACGAAAAAAUCCAAUGAUAACGAUUAUGAAACAAGUCUUGAUGAACAAGAUGACAACGAUUUGCUUGAAGAUGAUCCUAUUCAAGAUGGACAACAAUCUUCGAAUCAACGAAUUAUAGCAAUGACACUAGCAUCACGCGAACCAAGCUGGAUGGAAGAUUAUCGCCGAUGGAAUACCGACUCAGCAUAUUUUGCCGAUGAUGAAGAUACAAAUGAUGAUCAAACAGCUACCGAAGAACGCGAACGAUUUGCGAAAGAUAAGGAAUCGUUCAAACAGAAAUACAAAGAACAGAUCGAUGAAUUAAAGACCCGUUGGCAAAAUCAACAAAAGAAAAUUCAAUUUUUAGUCAAUGGCAAUGUUAGUGCAGUACGCGAACAAAUCGACAUCGAUUUUCGUCGAGAAUAUGAAUCUCUCAAACAAGCAGCUAGCCAAGAACGAACACGUCUCAAUGAACUACACGAAAUACACUUAGAUAAUAUGCUUAAUGUAGCCAAAGCCGAAGCCAAUAAAAAACUCAUCAAUGCAUGGAACAAUUUACCACUAAAAAUUUUUCUUUUUCUUAACACAUAUUCAUUCGCAUUUUGUUCUUAUCCGACAAAAGCAACGCGCACAUCUUUUUUCGAGACGGAUUAUGUCAAACAUUUGAAAGAAUGUUUAACAAUUAUCGAAAUUGAACAGGAUAAAGAGAAGAAGAAUUAUGAUGAGGCAAUUAAGAACAUCCAUAAAGCAUUACUUGCUUUAAAAGAUGGAUUAUUCGGUCCACGCGAUGGUAGUAGUGAGCCAGCAAUAAGUGAUGUGUCUCAAUUGUGCAGCGGAAUCUAUUCACAGGAACUUUUAUUAGCGAUGAUUAAUAACUUAGGUCGAGUGACAUUCGAAGAUCGAAAAGAAAUCGUCGCUAUUUUCAACAAUCUUCUCCGUCGACAGGUCGGAACAAAAUAUCCAGCUGUUGAUCAUAUUAUGCAAAGACCUGUCAUCCUGUUCAAAUUGAUCGAAGGAUAUGAGAAUGCUGAUAUUGCAUUGAAUUGCGGUAUGAUGCUUCGAGAAUGUAUACGUGUUCAAGAAUUAGCAGAAAUUAUCUUGAAAUCAGAUGAAUUUUAUAAGUUUUUUGAUUAUGUGCAAAAGUCGACGUUUGAUAUUGCAAGUGAUGCAUUUGCGACUUUCAAAGAUUUAUUAACCAAACAUAAAUCUCUAUGUGCAGAAUUUCUUGAACUAAACUACGAUCUAUUCUUCAGCAAAUAUCGUGACCUAUUAAACUCGGAAAACUAUGUAACACGUCGACAAUCAUUGAAACUUCUCGGUGAACUCCUACUUGAUCGAUACAAUUUUUCAGUUAUGACUAAAUAUAUAACCAAUCCAGAUAAUUUAAAACAACAGAUGAAUUUAUUGAAGGAAAAGAGUAAAAAUAUUCAAUUCGAAGCAUUUCAUGUGUUCAAGAUAUUCGUGGCGAAUCCAUCGAAACCUAAAGCAAUUUCUGAUAUACUUCUACGCAAUCGAGAUAAAUUGAUUGAAUUCCUUACUAGUUUUCAUACGGAUCGUACGGAUGAUGAACAGUUCAAUGAUGAAAAAGCAUAUUUAAUCAAACAGAUCAGUGAAUUGAAGGAAAUCAAGGCCUAA